AGUUUCACGCCACUCUUCGAACCAUCUCCAGGCACAAUCGAUGCACAUCAGCUCACCACGAUCCUCGUGACUUUCGCGAUAAAGUGCUGUGCGAAAUUGCUUCUGUUAAAUUUUUACAGAGGACGAUUUCAUAUUCGGAUUUUAUAAGGAAAGUGUGUAAGAAAUUGAAGGUGUUUAUUGUGUAUGUGAUUCAUUCCAGUGAUUAUAUCGAGACUGAUAGUGCAAUAAAAUAAAUUCAGUGAAUCUGACGGAUACUUUGCAAUUAGUGGGAGUUUUUUUCUCAAUUUAUUGAGGGAGAAAAGAACAAGAAAAAGGAGGAGAGCCCCCAAUUGAGACGCCGGAGGCGAUGGGAGGCAGAAAAAAUUGAGUGAACAGCGUGAUUAAGAAUGGGCAACGUCUCGAGUGGACAAUCGACAUUGAGUCGAGCCUGGAGGAGUGCAGAGAGUGGACGACAUGAGACUAAGAGGUCAAAGGGAUCUCAAGAGAAUUCUAGGACUUUCUUUUUGCUCUAUCUCAUCCAUCGAGCAUGGAAUGGUGUAGUGGACACGAUGGAUUCCAAGGGGAAGAGAUCUCGAUGGAGUCGUGGAACUUCUGAGGAUUCCGGUGCCCCAAGGAGUAAUUUUGAGGAUGAAGGAUUCGACACGGAUAUUAAUUUCUCAGAUUUCGAGGAACAAUCCAGUGUCUAUGGAUCCCAAUAUUCAUUUUGCAGUUGUAGCCACUGCAUCGAGGCGAAAGAAAUCAAUGAGAGUUUGUUUGACUACCCAACGGCGAUCACAAGUGAGACCACGGACGAGAUCAGGAGGAGACAAAUGGCGCCUAGCGCCGGGAAAAGUGUUCCAGGCACUCAAUCUCUCAUGAGGUCUGCGUCACAGGACAUGUCUUCCGAGAUUCUCAUCGGAUGGCCACCAAAUAAUGGCUUGAAGGACAAUCAGAGACCACCUGUGUACAAUCCUGAGGAUUAUGUGCAGUCUUUGAAAAAAUACAGCCGGAGACCCAAUGGCGGAGCCUCAAGGUCUAUUUAUGAUAACACUGAGGACAAAAUCAAUGAUACUAUUCGGUCAAAUACCUUGCCAGCCGCAGUUCUUAGAAGUGGAGAGUACAAAAGUCCCAUUCCCACGAAUUCGGACACUGAUAGCGAGAUGACACUGAGGCAAUUUGGAUCCAUUACGGAUUUGCUCACAAAACUGCGAGCAGAUCUCAGGGCAGCCUUUCCUAGUUUUGUGCAAGAACUAGUGGCUAGUCCUUUGGAUGGUGUCAGUCUCCUGUUAGACGUCCUUAGAGCCAUUCAACUUAGCCAAACUAGUACUGCAAGUGGAACUGUCUCAACCCCAACGUCCCAAAUUCAGCGAAAUACGCAAACUUAUCAAAGAAGAGCUCUUUUGGAUGAAUUGGCUUGCUUACAAUGCAUCAGUUUAUGCUGUGCCCGAAGUGCUGAAGCUGGAAUCCGCCUAGGCUCAUCGCCGAUUGGCCUCCUUCCACUUGCAGCCGCCGCCACAGGUCAAGGCAUUCGAUCGCGUAUCCUUGCCCUUCAACUUCUAACAACAGCCUGCGAUCCUGUGAAUUCAGGCACAAAAGGACACUGUGCAGUAUCUGAAGCCCUGGCAACUUUGAGGCUGCGCUGUGGUGAACCAGUACGUUUCAGACUGCUCGUGGGAAUGCUGAAUAGUGGUGGAGGAAGUGGUGAGCUGCAAACAAUAGGAUUGGGUUUCCUCAAUACAUUCCUAGAGAGUGCAGAUGGUGUCCAAGAGCGUGUGUACAUUCAAGCAGAACUCCAUCAAGCUGGAUUUGAUCCCGCUGGGAUGGUUAGAAAUCUUCCGACAUCUGCACCCUGGAUGGAGAAACUUCGGUUGGAAGUGAGACGCUGGGAAGAUGGUCGUAUUGAUGUUGAACGUCUUCAGAGGCAAGCCCGUGAGGCUGAAAAGAUGCGCAGUCAAGUUGUCAUCCUUGAACGACGUGUCCAAAUUGUUCAGGAGGAGAAAGCUGUGCUCACAUCAAUGGAAAGACGCCUUCAGGAACGUUGCGCUGAACUCCAGAGGGAAGUUUUUCGUCUGCAAAAUGCCCAAAGCAGUUCAGGUAGUUCAGGUAGCUCCAUGGUCAAAGUCACUCCUCAAAGUGACAACAAGCGUCCCAUUGCCCUUCCACGACAAGUUCCACCGACACCACCCAAAACCCGCGCUGGAGGAUCUUCUGAACAUGAAGACGAAGGUAUAAGUAGUUCAGAAACCGGUCAGUCAAUGAGUCCUGAACCACCAAGAGUCCUUCCUGCAAAUGACAGUCAAGUGGUGGAAGAAGAUAACGCUACGACAAUUGAAGAUGUAAUUGAGGAACUGCAAAAUAUUGUUAGCGAUGCUGAGCGUGACUUACGUCGUGGUGGCACCAAAGAGAGCGAAAUUGUUCCGGUAAAUUUACUACCGCAACCUCCAAGAAAAUCGCGAUCUCUAGCACAUCUCAUAGCGAAUCCCAGUGAUGCUGAGGAGAGUGACUAUGGGGCUCUAACUCAACCGCCAAACGAUGGAAAAGUAACACCGUAUUGCGAAGAAGAGGACGAAGCUGUAAGCAGAGGAUCCCCUUUUCGUGGAGCAAGACCCGGCUUCGAUAACAACACAAAUCGAGCUAUUUUGAAUGUUAUAAUGGACGCACGGGAACAAGAAGAAGAGGGUCUCCUAAGGCGACAUCAGAGACCUCCACCGCCUCCACAGCACUUCAAUGGGGUGUUUUUUAUGGGUGACAUGGGUGCUAAGUACUCAAAGGCACCGCCGAUGGUGGGGAAGUCCAAAAGUAUGGACCGAAUGCAGUCCUAUGGACUCGAUACAAUGGUGGACAUUGUAGUUUCUCCAGAAGGACAAAAGAAAAUGGCUGAUAUGGACAUGAAAAUGAGAAGUCCAAUAGCAUGCAGCCUCCAUGCACCUAAUGGCUUCAAACUCAAGACCGGUCACGUCAACGCAGGUCUCUAUUCUGGCUCCCACCUUGUGCGCGAAAACAUGCGCGCCCACUCGAACCAAGGUUCGCGGCUCACGGACCUCCCAUCGGGUCUCUAUUGACCUCUGCCGCCGCCACGGCUCUCAGCUCUCUCUGUGCAAUACCAACCCAAACGAUAGGAUUUCCCGUACUUCUACGACACAUUUCCACACGGUGAUGGCCUUCCUUAUGCAAAACACUCUUCGGGACGGAAGGAUUUUGAUUUUUCUCCAAAACACUAGAUUCUUAAGAGUAUCAGCAGUUAUAGCUUAGGUUCUAUAUAUUUGUUAAGGGCUUUUGAAGUUCUGCCUCAUGCAGAAAUUUCAUUAAGUAUAAUCUGGAAUAUUUUUAAAGCGGUAUUCGAUUUCUUUUUAGAAUAAUAUCGUGUGACUGUUUGUUUUGUUUAGUGUGAAAAAAAUCUACUUUCUAUUCUAAGAAAAGCUAUUUAAAAUGUAAAGGAUGUAUCUUGGUUCUGCAAAUACACGAUAAAUGAAAUUAAA